AUGAUCCUGAUUCUCGGUCUGAUGGUUUUUCUUUGUGUUGGAACGGCUCAAUGUCUGGAGGAAGAUGAAGGUUUCACUUUUGAAGGAGAAAUCCGCCACUUGGCUGUGGCCACCAACACGGUUUACAUCUCUACAGACGAGAAGCUGUACCAGCUGAGCCACGACCUGAGGCUGGUCCGCAGUCUGAUCCAGAGAGGGACCCUGAAGGACGGAUACCAGCCGGGUGAAAAGGAGUUUCACCGGGUUUCUGACACGAAUGCGUUGAAUGCAAACUUGAGCAUUAACCUCUUAUUACCAUUUGUUAAGAAUGACACGCUGGUCACCUGCGGUGCCACCAACAACAAUUGCGGUUACUGUGAGGUUCUGGACCUGAAGAACAUUUCUAACCUUGUUUACAGUGAAAACAUCCAGAUGGGACCCCUGAAGCGCAGCAACGCGUCCAUCAGCUUUCUGGUGGAUGUGAAGAACUCAGGUCGGACAGAAACUUAUAUUCUGACGGCCAUCGAGAAACGUAAAGAUGAGUCUAAGGAGAUCAAGUGCAAAUCCAACAUCGAGACCAUCAACCUUCACAGCGUGAAUGACAGACAGAAUGGAGGCAUAUUUUCUAUAGUGGGUGGCUCUGAAAAUGCUGUGAUCAAAAGUGAAGGAAAUGUGGAGUUUGUGGACGGAUUUCAGAUCGACUCAACAGUGUAUCUGCUCUCCAACGUGCGUUCAAGUGAUCAGAACAACAAGGUCCAUCUCAGUUGGCUUGUGAGUCAAACAAGUAAACUGGACACUCUGAGGUCUCUGCGGGGGGUUUAUCUAGGUGUCUCUGACGGAGGUGAAGGCAGCAGACUGCUGGCCUCCUCGGUCAUCUCUGAUGGACAGCCGGUGUUUUGGAGCGGUGUGUUUAGUGUGGACGGAGGACAAGCCAACACGGAGCUGGUGGUGUUUGACAUCAGUCCUGAUCUAAGCAUCACGGUCGACACCAAUCCACACUUCAUCUAUAACACCAAGGAGCACAAAGUGUCACAACUUAAGACCCUGAGACCUAAGACGGUGAUCUCCAAGCAGACCUUUAUGACCUCUGUGGCGGCAGUGAGGCAGAAGGCCUGGAUGGUUUUCUUCAUUGGAACAGGAGAUGGACAGCUCAUCAAGCUUGUUGUGGACAGGAACUAUCACCCCGCCUGUCCUGAGGUGCUGUACAGGGCCAGUGAUGACCGCAAAGUGUUUCCCAAAAUACAUCUGGACCCAGUGGAUCAUAAACACGUGUAUGUGCCAUUUAGAAACCAGAUGAAGCGUUUAUCUGUGUCCAAGUGCAGCACGUACACAAGUUGGCAGAAGUGUUGGUCUGCACAGGAUCCAUACUGUGUCUGGUGUGACUCUAAACGAAGCUGCAUGUUUGAAGAUGAAUGUCCAGAUUCAAACUGGUUGUCCAUCCCAGAUGAAUUUCAACAGAAGAUUGUUUCCCAUAAACUUGUGAAGGACCAGACUGGAGAGAUCAACUUAAUCAUCCAGACACAUGUGACUGUGGCAACAACAGGGCUGUCUAACUUCGCCUGUCAGUUCUCUACAACUUCUAAGGAGCUUUGUAGGAAAAAUAACCCUCCACCAGCAUUUCCACGAUGCACCUGCAUUCUCUCCAAUGACACACUUCCUGCUGACGGUGUGGAUCUCACAGUUAAAAUGAGACUAGGGACGAUACAUCUGUCAGAACAAUUGGAACUAAUCAACUGCUCCGAUAUCAAUGGACAACCAAGUUUUCUUUUGUGUCAACGGUGCAUUAGCGCUGGAUGUGGAUGGAGACAUAAUCACUGUUCCUGGGCCGAUCAUAAAAUUCAAAAUGACACUAUUUGCCAAAAUAUGCUUUCAGGGAGUCUGCCGGAGAUCUCCUCCAUCACUCCCAGUGUUGUGUCUUUCUACGGCAGAGACCAUGCUAUGUUGUCAGGUCGUAACCUUCACAAUGUGACCAGUGUGAGGAUCCAACAAGACCUGAGUUGUGCUCCAAAGCAAUGUCCUGUAUCGAACAACACCGGCACCAGUCUGAUGUUUAACAUUCCCAGUACGGAAAUGAAAGGCGUGGUCAAAGUGUGCGUUCUCCUCCCAGACGGUAGCUGCCAUGGGAACGCUAACAUCACCUAUCAGUCGCUGCCAAUCUGCAACAAAAUGACACCAAGCAGCACCUGGAUCAGUGGGAAGAGGAAGAUGACAGUGAUGGGGUCUCACCUGGAGUUUGUUGAAGGCGUCACGCACAGCCACGCCCCUCAGCAAGUCAGACCUCCCAUCAACAGCAGCUCUCAGGUUCUGGGCACUGCAGACACACACAAUGUCUAACCACGUGUCAACUCACAUUAAUAUGUGGUAAUAUUAUUUCAAAUUACAGUAUAGAUGCCCUGUACAGUACUAAAGUGUAAAGGGACUUCAGCACAAAACAAACUUGUAUAUUGAAAUGCAACUUAAAUAUGCUACAAUAUAGUUUUUCAUAGAUACAAUAUGUCUUGUAAAUGUUGUAUCAUGUUACUUUCUAUUAGUAUGCUGCUUUAUAUUGUAUAAUAUAAUUCU